GUAGAGACAAAAAUAGUCUAACUACAUUCUCUAAAUAAAUAGUAUUAUUUUAGUGACAUUGUUUUCGACUGAUUCAGCGCGUGCAUGGCAAAAAAAGUCAACAAAAAAGUGGACAGCAUUAAAAGUUGAUAGUAAUUAUACGUGUGAAUACGAUAGCGAAGGGAAUUAUCCUGAUCCAAAGUACUGUCAUGUUUAUCAUUAUUGUACUGCGGGUGUACACAUACCAAUAGCAUGUGGUGGGGGUUUAUGGUAUAGUACAAAAGACGAUCAAUGUGUUUGGCCAAAAGAUUCAGACUGUAAAGCAGGUCACUUGUAUACGUCAUCAACGUUAAAAAAUUUAAGUGAGGAAAAUUACGUGUUAUCAAAUCGUCAUCUUGAAAAUGUUUAUUCGACUAUUAAAUGUCCAACAGGCGUAUCAAAAUUUUUUGAAGAUCUGUAUGAUUGUGCAGCAUAUCAUUUUUGCAGUGGCGAAAAUCGAUGUCCAGCAAACGGACAACGAAUGAAAUUUGUUGAUCCCUCAAGUUGUUGCCAAUAUUUCGAGUGUAUAACUGGUCAAUUGAAAGAACAAAUUUGCCCGCCUUAUAAAUUAUUUUCCACAUUAUCGAAAAGUUGUGAAAGCUAUCAAGUUGUUGUGUGUGGAACGCGUACACCGUGUAUCGUGCCGUGUGACUAUGAUCACAGUCCAUUGUGCGGAUUCAAACCAGUUUGUAAAGACUUAUUAGAUGGCCAUUACAUCGAUAAAUAUCGUCCAUCGUGUCAGUUUCAUUAUACAUGUUUGGAUAAACGUACAUAUAAUUAUACAGCGUGCGAAUAUGGCUAUCGUUUCAGUGAAGACAAAAAACAGUGUCUUUUAGCGAAAAAUGUUAAAUGUUCAAGUAAUUGUAGCGUUACAAAUUUUUCUUUCGAUUAAAUUAAUGAAUUUCAGUUUUCUUUUUUUAGGUAACUCACUCAAAUACGAAUUUCCUCUUCUCAUUCUAUUUGCUUUUAUUUCUCACAAACUAUUCAUGAGGUUUGAUCACCAAUAACUAUAUUUUCUUGUCUUUUAUUGGUUCUUUAACGGAUAAGGUUAAUAUUAAUAUAAAAUAAAUAAGUUAAAUAUAUG